AAGGGGACAUAUAGUUCUAGCUUGACCGAAUUCACAAGCUGCACAUGAUUGGACACGUGUUGCCUAGUUGGCAUCUUGUCUUGUCUUUAUGUUUCUAGUUUCAAAAUGAAGCAAUGAUUUGGAUGAGCGACACAGUUACAUUAUCAUGGACACGAGUGUGAUUGUGGUUCAAUAUCAGUCUCUUGCAGCUUCAGGACACAGCUUUCUGAACCUGAAAUCAGAAUAUGGGGACAUUGUUUUUUUUCCACUCACCCGUUCCACGCCUUUCACACCCCUCCAUCCCAAAACCCAUUGCACUUCCUCCUCUCUCUUGUUUCAGGAAUAAUGGAGAUGUCAAUGGCUUACAUGAACAAAAGUCAGAGGGUAAUAAAAAAGUGGACAUGUCCCAGUCAAUAUAUGAUGAUGACCAGAAUGUGAAACAAGAUAAUAUUUGGCAAUUGUUCAAAGAAGCUCAACAGAACAUACUAUACUUAAACAAACAACGCCUUGGGGCCAUUGAUGAACUAGACAAAACAAACAGAGAAAAGCAGUUGCUACUCAAAAAGAUAAAGAAGUUGGAAGCAGAAAAGCAGGCUGGUGCUGGUAAAGGUAAAAGCCUAUCAGCUAGUUCAGAAUUGUUGCUUCGGAUAGACUCCAUGGUCCUUGGCAGCAUGAUUAGUCCCAGAGAGGCAUCUGAAUUAAGAAGUUUGGUGGUGAACCACAGAGUGAGUGUGGCUGAUGUUUUUAAUACUAUCUCACAGAAAAGAGAUCCUGAACUUCUGGGAGACCUUCGUCACUUUUCAAAUGGACACAAAAAGAAUGGUUUUCAUAUUGUUCACAUUUGCACAGAAAUGACACCAUUGGUUCCUAGAGGAUCAAUAGCUUCAUAUGUGACCGGCAUAUCUCGUGCACUUCAAAGAAAGGGCCACGUGGUGGAGGUUAUAUUGCCAAAGUAUGCAAGUUUAAACCUAGAUGAAGUGCAAGGAUUACGUGUACUUAAUGCAGAGGUUUACUCAUAUUUUAAUGGUCAAUUACAUGGAAAUAGAAUUUGGACUGGUGUUGUUUAUGGCAUUGGAGUCAUUUUGAUCGAGCCAGUGUACUAUUCAUCAUUUUUCAGCCGUGAGAUGAUAUAUGGCUACCCUGAUGAUUUUGAAAGGUUCUCCUAUUUUUGUCGGGCAUCAUUGGAUUAUAUGGUAAAAUGUGGGAAGCAGCCUGAUGUAUUGCAUCUGCAUAAUUGGGAGACUGCCAUUGUUGCCCCCCUUUUCUGGGAUAUGUUUGUUAAACAGGGACUCGAAGGAACCAGAAUAUUGUUUACAUGCCAUGGUUUCAAUUCACAGGGUAUUGAGAAACCAGAUAAAUUGGCCUUAUGUGGGCUUGAUCCUUUAAGACUCCAUCGCCCUGAUCGUUUACAAGACAACACUAACACACAACUUGUCAAUAUUUUAAAGGGUGGAGUUAUCUAUUCAAAUAGAGUUGUAAUAAUGUCAUCUAUCUAUCCAAAGCACAUAUUUGUUCAUAAUUUGAGUCAUGAACUGGAACCUACUUUAAAUGUUUAUAGGGAUAAAUUGGUUAUUGCUCCUUAUGGAUUAGACAAAUCAACUUGGGAUCCUUUAACAGACUAUUUUCUUCCAGAAAAUUUCAAUGCUGAAAAUAUGAAUGGUAAAGCUGUUUGCAAAGUUGCAUUGCUGCAGCAGCUGGGGCUAUCUGAACAUUCUUCUACUAUUCUUGUUGGAUGCGUUUUUUCAGAAGGAUGUGACUUUGAUGAAAAAAGGGUGAAGGAAGUUAUCUUGAAUGCUAAGCAGCACGAUGUCCAGUUUAUAUUUAUGGGGACCAGUGAAAGCACAAUCUUGAAUCAGGCACUUGAAUCACUUCAGAAGGAACUCAAGGAUGAUAAUCUUAAACUUGUGCCUACAUAUGAUGAAGCAUUGUUGCAUUUAGUCUUUGCUGGAUCUGACAUCAUCUUGUGCCAAUCUUUUCUUGAUCCUACUGAUGAAACUCCACUCAUAGCUUUAAGGUAUGGAGCAGCUCCAAUAGCACUUGCCCCUGAUGCUAGCACAAACAGGGCGAUACCUUUUGAUAGGAACUUCAUAAACCAAGACAACGAGGCCACCAAGUACUCCAAGUUAAUCAACUCUACCUUUGGAAACAUGUCUCUUAGCCUUGCUAUUGAUGAAAUUAGGACUAACCCAGUGAUGUGGAAACGAAAGAUAAUGCAAGCAAUGGCGCAUGACUUAUCAUGGGAUGGUGAAUGCUACGAUGUUCAUGUUGCAUCUUACUCAGCUAUAAAGAAUAUGUGAAGUGGGUCUGACAUACAUCUUUGUAUAUAUAUAAUCAUUUUAUGUUUAAUAUUUUGAGAUAUGGCUGAACUGCAGAAUAAUUAUUUGUUAUUUGUAAGUUAAUUGCUCCUCAAACUCAUUUGUGGAUUCAAGACCUACUAUAUAUAGCAAAAUAGAAAUGUUGAAAACAAUGAUUAGUGAAUUUAAUAUAUAAAAUUAUAGAGUGGAAAAUCUCACUCUCACUA